AAUUUAGCAAAGGGACGAAUUAGACGCGGGCCCGCGAGUUCUCACUUCCGGCGAAAAUGCAGAGCUCGGGUCUCUGUGGCGCCGCAGCACUAGCCUGGCUCUAUCUGACGUGCUUACUCAAUACGUCAUGUACAUAUGCUGCCACACAACUGCCGGCGGGUACUCAGCUCCGGAUCAUCUUCGGGGGCCCGCCCCCCGAUCGCUACGGCGAUUACGAGGGCCGGGUGGAGGUGAACCUGCCGGACGGGCGCAGCGGCAGCGUGUGCUCGCGCGGCUGGGAUGUCGAGCUCAGCACGGGUGUGUGCAACCGUUGGAACGGCUAUUGGCGUUACGGCAUCCCCAUCAACGGUUCAGCAUUCGGCCCGCUGGUCCAGCUGGCGCCUGUGCUCCUUGCGGAUAUCAUUUGCGACGGCGGCCAGCGCCUGGCCACCACACUCGAAUUCCCCUCCAGUGCCAACGUGAGCUGUACCGCCACGGUGUACGACAGCGCGGCUGAGGCGGCGGCGGACGGGUGCGGCCUGGACCAGGCGGCGGGCGUCACGUGCUUCCUGUACGACUACCUGACGCCGCCGGGCUCGCCGCCGCUGCCCCUGCGCCUGGUCAGCAGCGGCAACCAGACUGCACUGGACGCCGCCGCCCGGGCCGGGCUGGUGGCGGUGGGGCGGCUGGAGGUGCAGUGGGGCGGCGUGUGGGGCGGCGUGUGCAGCAACACGGGUAUAGCCACCUACAGCUGGUGGCGAGACGCACACGCGCAGGUGGUGUGCCGGCAGCUGGGGUACCCAGCGGAUGGGCACGCGUACGCCAUUGGAACCCGCAACUCCCUGCUGCCAGCCUCGGCGCCCGCGGACCAGCCCCAGUUCGUAAAUUACUUGCAAUGCAACGGCAGCGAGCCGGGCCUGGGCUGGUGCCGCGGCUACCCGAUCAACGGCUCGGUCACACCCGGCGCCUGCAACAGCUCCGAUUUCGCCGUACAGGUGGCCUGCUACAGCCAGCCUCGCCUGCAGGCGUUCACAGGCUUUGGGCCGCGCAUUAACGUCGAGAACCGCACCGUGCCGCCGCUGGGCUAUGGCGAGUCGCAGGGCCGUCCCGAGGCCUACGGCAACACCGCUCGUGCCGUCAUCUCCAUUUGCGACCGCGAGUGGAAUGACACCGGCGCCACCGCCUUUUGCAAGCUGUACGGAGCCUACACGAGCGGCGUCGCUUUCCGGGGCUCGUACUUUGGAACCAACGACCCGCGGGUGCCUGUGACUGGCUGGGUGACCGGCCUGCGGUGCCCGGCGGGCGAUGAAACCAACAUUGGGUCCUGCUUAGGCACUGCCUACGGCACCGCUGCCGAGGCGGCGGCGGCGGGCUGUGACAACACCACAGUGGCGGGCGUGCGCUGCUUUGCAUACGACUACCUGACGCCGCCGGGCUCGCCGCCGCUGCCCCUGCGCCUGGUCAGCAGCGGCAACCAGACCGCACUGGACGCCGCCGCCCGGGCCGGGCUGGUGGCGGCGGGGCGGGUGGAGGUGCAGUGGGGCGGCGUGUGGGGCGGCGUGUGCAGCAGCAACAACUACGGGCAGUGGAACUGGUGGCGUGACCAGCACGCCCAGGUGGUGUGCCGGCAGCUCGGUUACCCGGCGGAUGGGCACGCGUACACGGUUGGAACCGUAAACCCGCUGCUACCAGCCUCGGCGCCUGCGGACCAGCCCCAGUUCAUUAACUACCUGCAAUGCAACGGCACGGAGCCGGGGCUGGGGGCGUGCCGCGGCAGGGCAACCAACGGCACGUCGUCCACGUGUGGUCCAGACCUGGCUGUUCAGGUGGCGUGCUACAGCCAACCGCGACUGCUGGUGCUGAUGGGUCAGGAGUCGGGACUGUCUGUACAGCUGCCGAACAACAGUGUUCCGGGGUUGGGUUACGGCGAGACUCAGGGCCGGGGCGAGUUGUUAGUUCAGUACAAUCGGCCCCCGGUUGCCGUGUGUGACCGGGGUUGGGAUGACGCAGCCGCAACCGUAUUCUGUCGGCAGAUGUCGUACGGGGGUUCCCGAGGCCGGCUGCAGUAUGGAUUGUCGAUCCGAGGUUCGUACUUUGGCAGUACGGCCGCCGCCACUACAUGGGUAGCGGAUGUGCGGUGCCCGGCGGGAGAUGAAACCAACAUGGGGUACUGUCUGGGCACCGUUUACAACAGCAGUGCUGAGGCGGCGGCGACGGGCUGCGACAACACCACAGUGGCAGGCGUGCGCUGCUUUGUAUACGACUACCUGACGCCGCCGGGCUCGCCGCCGCUGCCCCUGCGCCUGGUCAGCAGCGGCAACCAGACCGCACUGGACGCCGCCGCCCGGGCCGGGCUGGUGGCGGCGGGGCGGCUGGAGGUGCAGUGGGGCGGCGUGUGGGGCGGCGUGUGCAGCACCACACGAACCGGCACAUGGGAUUGGUGGGCUGACCAGCAUGCGCAGGUGGUGUGCCGGCAGCUGGGGUAUGCGGAUGGACACGCGUACCGGGUGGGGUCGCGCAAUGCACUGAUCCCGGGCCCACCGCCCGCGGACCAGCCCCAGUUCAUCACCUUCGCCCAAUGCAACGGCAGCGAGCCGGGUCUGGGGGCGUGCCGCGGCGUGCCAAUCAACGGCUCGGCCCCACCGGGCGCCUGCAACAGCCCUGACUUCGCCGUUCACGUGGCCUGCUACAGCCAGCCUCGUCUCCAACCACAGCUGCUGCCGGGCCCCGCUGUCGCCGCCUACCUGGGGGCCCUGCAGCUGAGCAACAGCUCCACGCCGCCCAACAACUACGGCGCGGCGCAGGGGCGGCCGGAGCUGCGCCUGCGUGACGGCCGGCUGGUCGCCCUGUGCGACCGGGGCUUUGACGACGCCGCCGCCACCUCGGCCUGCCGGUACGUAACAGCGAGUGGCAUGUACGGCUGGCCGUACGGAGUGUCGAUCCGCGGUUCGUACUUUGGCAGUACGGCCGGCGCCGCCGCGUGGAUUGCGGACCUGCGGUGCCCGGCGGGGGAUGAGGCCAACAUUGGCGCCUGUCUAGGCACCGUUUACAACAGCAGUGCCGAGGCGGCGGCGGCGGGCUGUGACAACACCACAAACGCCGGCGUGCGCUGCUUUGCGCAAGACUACCUGACGCCGCCGGGCUCGCCGCCGCUGCCCCUGCGCCUGGUCAGCAGCGGCAACCAGACCGCACUGGACGCUGCCGCCCGGGCCGGGCUGGUGGCGGCGGGGCGGCUGGAGGUGCAGUGGGGCGGCGUGUGGGGCGGCGUGUGCAGCAGCCCGGGUUCCACAUUUUCUAACUGGUGGCGUGACACGCACGCCCAGGUCGUGUGCCGGCAGCUGGGGUACCCUGAUGGUCACGCCUUUGUGGUUGGCACCAACACAUCUUCUCUACUCCCGGACCCACCGCCCGCGGACCAGCCCCAGUUCAUCACCUACGUCCAAUGCAACGGCAGCGAGCCGGGCCUGGGGGCGUGCCGCGGCCUGCCAAUCAACGGCACGUACUCGUCAUGCGGCCCCGCCAAUGCGGUCAGCGUGGCGUGCUACAGCCAGCCUCGCCUGGUCGCGCAAGUCCUGGCCGCCGCCAACCUCACCGGCGCCCGGCCCGCCAACCCGCUCCUGAUCGCCGUGCUCCUGAACGACAGCACCGCGGCAGGCGGUUACGGGCUGCGGCAAGGGCAGGCGGUGGUGAGCUUCACCAACGGCCGGCGGGUGAGCGUGUGCGACCGGGGCUGGACCGAUGAUGCGGCGACGCUCUUUUGCCGGCAGUACUACCGUCCAAGCACGGAUGCGCAGGCGCGUGUCGGCCAGGUGUAUGGCCAGGCGGUCCGGGGUUCGUACUUUGGAUCGGAUCCGACCAGACCAGCGCUGGUUGCGGAUCUGCGCUGUCCCGCGGGGGAUGAGACGAAUCUGGUCUGGUGUCUGGGAACGCUGUUUGCCAGCGAUGCCGAGGCGGCGGCGGGCGGCUGUGGCGCAGCCGACACGGCCGGGGUCCGGUGCUUCAACUUUGACUCCAUCCUCCCUCCCAAGGCACCGCCGCUGCCCACGCGCCUCGUGGAGCUCAACACGAGCUACAGGGGCAGUGCCGGUGGAGGUGGUGGCGGUGGCGGUGGCGCUGGAAAAGAUGGCGGUGGAAGGGGUGGCGCUGGCGGUGGCGGUGGCGGUGGCAGUGGUGGUGGUGGAGCGACGGUCCUUGGGCGGGUGGAGGUGCAGUGGGCGGGCGUGUGGGGUGGCGUGUGCAGCAGCCGUGCUUACCCAGAUCAGGCGUGGUGGAAUAACGCCACCGCUCGCGUGGCGUGCCGGGCUGCCGGGUACUGGGGGGGCGCCGCCUUCCAGCCCCCCUCCCCCGAGCAGCUACUGCCGCCGAAUGUGCCAGACGCGGCGCAGCAGCGGCUGCUACAGCCGCAGUGGCUGCGCUACGCGCAGUGCAGCGGGGAGGAGGAGUCCUUGGGUUCGUGCCGGGGGCCGCCGCUCAACUCCACGGGCAUUGCGGGGUCUAACUCAAGCACGGCGUGCACGGGCGCAGAUGCCGUGUUUGCGAUCUGCUCCCUGACGCCGCCCGCGGCUGAGCAGCCGCUUCCCAUGCGGCCGCCAUCGCCGCCGCCGCCAACUCCCACACCUCGGACUCCCUCGCAGCCUGCAAUUGGCGCGGAUGGCGGCGGUGGCAGCCUCGACGCCGCGCCGCCGCCGCCGCCUCGGCCGCCGCUGCCAUCUUCAGAGGUCCUGCAAAACAGCACUGGCGGUGUGUUUGCAACGUCAGCGGCUGAGGACUAUCCCGAGUUGGUGUUAGACGUGCCGCAGACGCUGCCCAACCUCUACCCCGCCACGACGCUUGCACUGCUGGGUCCCAGUCUGGCGCUGCUGCUGAGCCCGCAGCAGCAGGUGGUGGCGGCGGCGACACGGUACGGCGGCGGCAGGGCGGCGGUGUUCGGCGCUGAGAAAAUGGUCACACGCUGUUGCAGCAGUGGCAGUAGCACUGGGGUGAUGACCGACGGCGCCAGUGACCCGGCGAUGGACCGGCUGCUCGUGAACGUGGUGCGGUGGGCUGCUACUGCCAGCCGUAACAGGAGUAGCAGCAGUAGCAGCGGGGGCGUGCUGUGCGUCUCGCGGCCUGACUUUGCUACAGCCGCAGCCUACGUGGUGUCACAAGCACCCAGGGUCUUUGACACACAUUAUGGCAGUAGCAACAGCAGCAGUAGCAGUGGUUGGCUUGAGGUGCCUCUGUGGGCCUUUGCCCGCCCCCUACCACACGACACGGCGCUUGCGAACGGCACGAACGGCACGACCACAGACGCCGUAUCCGAUGCCGUACUUUUGCCGUUGCCGCGGCCGUACAACUGCUCGGUGUACAUCAUUGGCACGCACGACACGUUGUACCUGCAGCCGUACAUCCAGCGGCGUCUGCUGUCGUACGUGGCGGGCGGUGGUGGUCUGGUGGUGGCGGGUCCGGACCUCAUGCCCGCAGCCUUCUACACGGAGGAGGAAGGCAGCAGCACUGCUGCCGUUGCUGCGGCUGCUGUGGGCGUGGGGUCGGGAGGGCAGAGGCGGCGGCUGCAGCAGGCAAGCGGCAGUGGCGGCAGCAGUGGCAGUAGCAAUGGCAGUGGCAGUGGUGCCAGUACUGCCAAUCGGCCGCAGAUUCCACUGGGGAGCUUUGAGGUGAACGCGGUGACGGGUCCUCUGGGUCUGGUGCUGACGGGCUUUGUGUCGGACCCCGGUGGCAACCUCACCCUGGCCAGCCCCAGUGUGGCGCACAACGCCGAGCUGGCGGCGGCGCAGCUGGUGGGAUACCUGCAGGGCCGCCUGCCGCUGACCACACCCGACCUGCUCAUGCUGCUCGCCACCACCACACGCACGCGCGCGGUGCUGACCAGCCUCGCCAGCGCCGCCGCCGGCGCCGUCAGCAGCAGCACCAUGGAUGCGGUCGGGCUGGCGCUGGAGAGAGUGGACUCCCUGAUCCGACAGAUUGACGGCCUUGUCGCCACCGCGCCGGCAAACCUGCUAUCCGCCUUCGCCUCACCGCCGCCACCCCCGCCGUCAGUUAGAAGGCCGCCGCCCUCACCGCCGCCGCGGCCCCCACCGCGCCUGCCGCCCGCGCAACCCCUGCCGCAGCCGCCGCGGCGGGAGUCGCCGCUGCCGCCCGCACCAUUGCCGCCGGCGCAACCCAGCCCACCAUCCCCACUCCCAGACACAGGCACCGGCGGGGGCACACAAGCGCCGCGUCGCGCGCCCUCAGGCCGCAGCCCCUCUGGCGGCAGCGGCCGCAGCCGUGGUGAGACCACUCGGCGGCCGCCACCCCGCAUGGUGGUGGUGUCGGGCGACGCGGCAGAGGCAGUCCUGGACGACAGGCAGCAAAGCCAGCAGCAGCCCUAGGCGGGUGCUAGCAGCGGGGCCCCUGUAUGCGUGAAUGGCGUCAUGGCAAACACAAUGUGAUACCGCGCGUCCGCGCCGGCAAAACACUUGCUCGAAUGUUGCACUUUUGUACACUUUCAGCUGGGGGCGGGUACGUACAACUUUACUUAUCUCGGCUACCAUACAUGACCGGGCCCAGAUGGUCCCGUGCGUCGUGUCCGUGGCUGUCUGCAGAACUUGCCAGCUCGAAGGGAAUGGUUACAAUUGGCGUUGGAGCGCGACUGCGUGUGUUUGAAUGAAUGAGUGGCCAGGGCUGCGUUUGUGAAUAAGCCUCAGGGGCACAACCAACAACACGCGCGCCUGGUGCCAUCUAUCUCUGCUGGCCUAGACGCCAAUGAAGUAGUGCCGCUCGAAGCCCACGCACUGCUCCUGCCCAUCCAUCAGCCAAUAAGCAUAAGCAUAUGGCUAGCUGAAUAACGGCGGAAGUCAUGGGGGCACGUGGAUGUGUGUGUAUUCAUGACUGGUAUUGGUCUACUUGUGUGGUCAGGGGUUGUGUGUGGUCUACUGCUGGACGUGUGCACUCAGCUGCACUCAAAUGCUAAAUUGCUUUCGCUGCAUGUGCCACGCGCUUCUUGGGCACAUGCAAGUCAGUUCAGUUUGUUCGGAGUGGGUGUUCAGCAGACCGCGGUGUGCGGUACUGCGGGUUCAGGUCAUGUAUGUAAAGGUGGAGCGUUUCGAGGUUUUGCAAGUGUGUCAAGUGUGUCAGUGAGCUGUAUUACACCACCACAUAGGUCUAGGGAAGUAGGGAACUAGUGGAGGGCGGAGUCCCAGGCCUGAAAUAGCGCACCCCUGCUGUAAAGCGCUGCUGCA